GUUAAAAUUGCGAACCCACAUCUUCUCCUCCUAUCGGUGACGCACCCACUCUUUCCCGCUGGUCUUGUUUGUUGCCCGCAACACGCAGCAUCACAUGACCGUUGCCUGGGACGACGUGUCUAACUGAAUUGGGACAAGCUGGGACCUAGUCCCAAACAGGAUAAGAGCCUGCAUGGCCGCAGUGCGCUUAGCUAAUGGUCUGUGCUUCCCAUCAACUUAACUUAUCCAUUUGACGCCUUUAUGGAUUGAGAUCCCAUCGCAUCGCCAAGAGAAGUUCCAGCGGUGUAUGCUAAAAUUAUCGAGUCUUCCACUAUCCGCGUCGGGAAGUUUGAGCCUGUGCGAUUGCAGUUUUCUAUCGCUUGUUGGACCUACCUCGAUAUCUCUGUCUUGAAGUAGUGCAUAAUCCUCGUGACUUCAGCUUGAUACGCGAGACAUUGGAUUCGCUAAAAUAUGCAUGAAAUUAUCACGUUGCAGCUCGGUCAACGAGCAAACUAUCUGGCAACGCACUUCUGGAAUCUUCAAGAAUCUUAUUUCACAUACAACGAAGACGAAGAUUCACCUGUAGAUCAUGACGUUCAUUUCCGACCUGGUGUCGCAGCAGAUGGCUCAGAGACCUUCACGCCCCGAACUGUCAUCUAUGAUCUAAAAGGGGGAUUUGGCACCCUGCGCAAAUACAAUGCUCUCUACCAGCUGUCAGAGGACGCCAACCCCGGUCAAGGACUAUGGGACGGGAAAGAAAUCAUACAGCAUCAGACCCCAAUCCCCCAGAGCGAUUAUCAGAAGAAUCUGGAUGCAGGGCUCCCAGCUCCGCCACUUUCGUCAGAGACAGUUCGAUACUGGUCGGACUACAAUCGGCUCUUCUACCAUCCGCGAUCUAUUGUUCAGCUGAAUGAAUAUGAGCUGAAUUCAAAGAUCAUGCCCUUCGAGGACUGGACCGUUGGAGAGGAACUUUUUAAAGACCUCGACAAGGAGCAUGAUCUACUGGACCGGGACGUAAGACCCUUCGCAGAAGAGUGCGAUCAAAUGCGUGCGUUCCAGCUUUUCACAGGCUCAGAUGACGCCUGGGGUGGAUUUGCUGCCCAGUAUGUUGACAGAAUCCGGGAUGAGUAUGGCAAGAAGGCAGUCUGGGUUUGGGCUGUAGAGAAUGGCCGCAGGGUUGACCGGCAAACUCAAUAUAAGCGGGACCUGAACAAGUCUCGGUCCAUCUACGCUAUUGCUCCCCAAGCUUCUUUGUAUACGCCGAUCAUGGAUCCUCCUACCCGAUUACCGUCAACGGUCCAUAUUGACCCUUACUCCGAGUGGUAUACUUCAGCAUUGAUCACUUCCGCCCUGGAGAGUGUGACGCUUCCCACUCGUCUUCGCCCCUAUCAUGACUUUGAGGCGUCCCUAGCAGGUGACGAUGGCGUGCACAGAAUCUUCGAGCUGCAGUCUACAAUUGUGCCAGAUGACGAGGGUACUGAGCACUCGCCUCGAGGCCUUGACAAAGACGCCAAUGAAGCAGAAAGCUCAGACGAUUCCAAGCCCAAGACCAAGUUCGAGCUGGACUUCACAUACGACGGAUUGGAUAGCGACAAAGCUCAUAUCUUCAAUCAACUGCAAGUUUCGCGUGGCAUGAGCACCAACCGCAAAGACCAAUCCUCGAGAGAGGACUUGGGCACCGUGCGCAGGCAACGGCUCUACAACUCUGAGCCCAUGUUUCAGCGGUUCCAUGCGCCAUUGUCGUUCCCCAUUCUGGACAGCUUUCCUCGUAACAUUUUUACUCUGCCUCAGGCCAAGGAGAAGGUCCAAGUGCUUGCAGCAUUGACAGCAUCCUCCCGGACGGCGGAGAAGCUUAAGGGAUUGGAGAUGCUCGCGGGACGAGUUGCCGGAGUAGAUGAGAGAGAAGCACUGGUCAAUGGGUUGGGUGAGAUCCGGGAGUCAUAUGAGACUGGCUGGAUGAGUGACUCCGACUUUGACGAUGACUAGACAUACUGGAGUAUGAAGUAUGAAGUAUAUACUUAUUCAGAUGUUCAACAAAGUAACUUAGACCCUGAUUGUCGGGGUUCCGGCGCUAAGAGUGCAAACACGGCGGGCGGUGUGGUGUGUUUGCAUCCUC